CCUUCCGGGGUCAGCGGCGGCGGCGCGGGGUCGGAAGCGGCUCUCGCCGGGGUUCGCUUCCGGCGGGGACCGGCACCGAGCACCGGGCGGCGGCAGGUGUUUUCUCUCCUGGUGCAGCGUUUGGUGCAAAGGCUGUAACUCUCAGAAGAGGUGACAUGAGAAUUAGCUGUUGAAGUCGUCAUGUGAGCUGAGAAGACACAUUAAUAGGAAGUCGGGGGCGCAGGAGGAAAGGAGAAGCGGUGUCACAAGAUGGAAAGGUUUCUUACUGUGAUGCACUGACUUGGCAGAUGUUGCCCUGAUCGACGUAGGACCCAAGUGGCUUGGGCCAAGGAUGAGCAAACCGACAGACCUGCAGCACGACCUGGAACGAAGCCUCCCAGCCAUAGCGUCCAUCAGCACCUCGUUCUCCCAGAGCCAGGGCUUCUCCCCGUACUGCUACUUCUCUCCGGAGAAGAGGAAAGCCAUCUCGGAUGUGAGGAGAACCUUCUGCCUCUUUGUCACCUUCGACCUGCUCUUCAUCUCUUUGUUGUGGAUAAUCGAAUUGAAUACCAAGGAUGGCAUUCAGAAGAACCUGGAGAAUGAAAUCAUCAAGUACAAUUUCAAGACCUCUUUCUUUGAUAUAUUUGUCUUGGCUUUCUUUCGGUUUUUUGUGUUGCUGCUGGCCUAUGCAAUCGUAAAGCUGCGCCACUGGUGGGUCAUAGCGGUCACUACAUUGGUAUCCAGUGCCUUCCUGAUUGUGAAGGUCAUCCUCUCCAAGCUUCUGACCAAAGGGGCUUUCGGCUAUUUACUUCCUAUCGUCUCGUUUGUCAUUGCUUGGCUAGAGACUUGGUUCCUGGAUUUUAAAGUCCUAACUCAGGAAGCAGAAGAGGAACGAUGGUACCUGGCAGCCCAGGCUGCAGCCUCUCGCAGCUCCCUGCUCUACCCCGGAGCCCUUUCCGAGGGGCAGUUCUACUCCCCGCCGGAGUCCUUCGCGGGGUCGGACAACGAGUCGGAUGAGGAAGGUGCAGGGAGGAAGGCGUUGACAGCUCAGGAGAAAGAGUAUGUCCGACAAGGCAAAGACGCGAUGGAGGUCGUGGACCAAAUCCUCGCCCAGGAGGAGAACUGGAAGUUUGAGAAGAACAAUGACUUUGGUGACGUUGUUUACACUUUCGAAAUACCUUUCCACGGCAAGACCUUUAUUUUAAAGGCUUUCCUGCAGUGCUCUGCUGAAACAGUUUACCAGGAGGUUAUUCUCCAGCCUGAGAAGAUGAUCCUGUGGAACAGAACAGUGGCAGCUUGCCAGAUCUUGCAGCGGGUUGAAGACAACACGAUCGUCUCGUACGAUGUGGCAGCUGGGGCUGCAGGCGGUGUUGUUUCCCCAAGGGAUUUUGUGAACGUGCGCCGGAUCGAGAGGAGGAGAGACAGGUACAUUUCCUCAGGGAUGUCGACCACGCACAGCCUCAAGCCUCCGCUCUCCAAGUAUGUCAGGGGUGAGAACGGGCCCGGAGGAUUCAUCGUGCUGAAAUGUCCCAGCAACCCCAGGGUCUGCACGUUCAUCUGGAUUCUCAACACGGACCUGAAGGGCCGCCUGCCCCGGUACCUGAUCCACCAGAGCUUGGCUGCCACCAUGUUCGAGUUCGCCUUCCACCUCCGCCAGCGGGUCAGCGAGCUUUCCGGCAAGCCGUGAGCAGUGGGGACCUGCCCUCGCCGGACAUUCCUCUGCCCUCUCCCCUCCGUGGCUGGAGGGGGACACACACACACACACACACAGAGCCAGGAGAGGCCCCUGCGGCCCCCAGGGCCUCGCCGUGCCCCCCCCCCCCCCCCAGGGAGGCUGCCCCACACUACCAGCGCUGAGCUGAGGCCGGGGGGUGCUCAGCUCCUUUUCCCACCCCCAAUUCCCCCUCACCGGGGCGCUGAAGCCAUUUGACUGUUGUGUGCCAAACCCCUGCCCUGACCUUCCCCCCCCCCCCCAUACACCACGUGGGGGUUGGGGGCUGCUCUGUGCCCCCCCAGACUCCUGCACUUGCACCCCAGUUCGGUGGGAAAGAGGGGCUGGAGGAGACGGCCACGUUGGGGUGAGGACACAGGUCUGUCCCUUCUCCUUGUCCGGCUGAAGCCCCGUGCCAGGCUCUGGGGGGGCCAUUGUGUUCCCCCCCCCCCACCUGGCUCCCUGCAGCAGGGGAUGGGGGGGCAGUCUGUGCAGGGGACCCCCCUCCUGGGUUGUUCCCUGGAGCUUUGGGCUGCCCAAAUUUCCCCUUGGGGCUUGGCCGAGCUCAUGUCAUGUGUAUGUGUCCCCCCCAACUCCCGGCGGAGGCAGAGCGCGAUUUGCCUUAAGCAGAGACUUUUAUCCAUUUUUUCUUUUUUUUUUUUUUUUGAGGGGUAGGGGGGGGAAUAGGGAGUUGGGGGGGGGGGGGGGGGGAUGAUGCGGGGGCGACUGCGCCUUCGCUCUACCUGCGAGCGCCGGUGCCGUGUUCCGGGCUAUAAAGGGAAUCAGCGCGAAGCCGCCCGCACGCGGGGGCACACGCCGGCAGCGCUGCGGCUGGGGGGGGGGGGGGAGCGCCCACGCCAGGCUCCCCCCCCCCCCCAACGUUCCCCCCGGGGCUUUCUGCCCCCCUUUUUUUGUCCUGGGGGGCGGGAGGUGGGGUGUCCAUCCCCACCCCGUGUGCCUGCAAGGGGUGAUGCCUCCGGCCGGCCCCGGUCAGAAUUAAAAGCCUUGCACUGUUUGCA